AUGAAAAUACAUUUAUCAUCUGAUGAAGUAAAUUUAUUGGUAUAUAGAUACUUAGUAGAAAACGGAUUUGUUCAUACUUCUUUUUCUUUUUUCAAUGAAGGAAAUAUUUCUAAGAAUCCUUAUUACAUGAGCCAUGGAGAUAAAUUACCUAGUGGCGCUUUAGUUUCUUUCUUACAGAAGGCUUUAAUAUUUAUUUAUAUAGAAUAUCAUACAGAUCAUAAUGAUGGUAAGAAAAUAAGUUGUGAAGAACCUUUUUCAUUUUUUAGAAGACAUGAUUGUUGGAAUAAUGAAUAUAACUGUUUACAUCAACAAGAGAGAAAAAAGAAAAAAGAAAGAGAAGGUGACGAUGAAAAUAUUAAUGACGAUAUGAAUGACAAGAUGGAUGAUAUGAUGGAUGAUAAAAGGGAUGAUAAAAAGUAUGACCGUAUGAAUGAUGAUAGUGUGAAUAAUCUUACAAAUAAUAAUAUAAAUGAUUAUAAUAAAAAUAUAUUAUUAAAUAAUAACAAUAAUAAUGACAAUAUGAAUAAUAAUAUAAAUAAUAAUUAUGAUAAUAACGAACAGGAUGAUAAUAUGUUCAAACGGCAUACACAACUAAGUGAUGUAAAUGAAACUAAAAAAGAAAAUUUUAAUAACAAUAUUGAUGAUAACCAUCAUAAUAAUGAUAAUGAGAAAUCAUCACCUAACCAUUUUAAUAUUAUCAAUACAAAUGAUAUAAAUUCUGAUAAUAAAGAAGAAAAUAAAGUUAUAAAACAUAAAAAUAAUAUUUAUAGAAAUAGCUUUUCUAAUUUCGCUAGCUUUAAUUAUAAUGAUAGUAAUAUGUCAUUUAAAGACAUCAAAAGAAACUAUGCUAGUAUAUUUGCCCAGGUCAAGACUCCAAGAAGAAAUGCUUCAAAUAAUAAAAAGAAAAAAACAAAUAAUAAAAGUAAAGAUGAUACUGCAGAAAAUAAACAAAACAUAGACAAUCCAAAUGGUAAUAAUAAUAAUAAUAAUAAUAAUGAUGAUGAUAAUAAUAAUAUUGAUAAUAAUUAUUGUGAUGUAAAAAAUGAAGAACAAAAUUUAUCUUCAAAGAAAAGAAAAAAAUGCACUAGCAUAAAAACAUCCAACAUAAAAAGUUCACAUAAUAAAACUACAGAUGGUAGUAGUAAUAAUAAUAAUAAUAAUAUUCAUGUUGAAGGUAAUGAAUCCUUUCAAAAUCGUGAGAAGAAAAAUGUCGAUAUAUCUUUAAAUAAAAAAAAUAAUACAAAUAUAAAUAAUAUAAGUAGUAAUUGUAGUAAUACAACCUAUAGUGGUAGUGCUACUAGUCAUAAAAGAAAAAAAAAGAAAAAAAAGAAAAAGAAGGAACAGGCAAAUGAAGGUAAGAAAAGUAUGAAAGGUAUAAACAAAAAAGAUAAAAAAGAUAAAAAAGAAAAGAAAGAAAAGAAAAGGAAUGCCAAAGAUGAAUUAGAAAAAGAGAAACCAUUUGUAAAAAGUGAGAAUGAUAAAAAUAAAAAGAAGAAUGAAGAGGAAGAGGAGGAGGAUGGCAGAGAUUUAUUAGAGAGCCAAAUAUUAUAUAAUGAUGAUAAUAAUAAUAAUAAUAAUAAUAAUAAUAUUUCUGAUGUUAAGAGUAAAGAAGAAAUAAAACCAGUGCUAAUUAAUUCAUAUGAUGAUAUUAAUAAUAAUAGUAGUAGCACACAUGAAAAUAUAAAUGAAGAACGUGCAGAUUUAAAAGAACAUAGUCGUUCGAUUUCUUACAUAAGUUCAUUAGAAAAUAGUCCAGAUAAGUUGAGGGGGCAAGAACAAAAUGAUACAAAUGAACAAGAAGGUAAUUUAUUAAAUAAAAAAAAUUAUAAUGAUAAUUAUAGUGAUAAUCAUAAUGAUAAUCAUAAUGAUAAUUAUAGUGAUAAUCAUAAUGAUAAUCAUAAUGAUAAUCAUAAUGAUAAUGAGCUUAAUCUUGAAAGUGCAAAUUGUUGGUUGUCGAAGGUUGCAUCUUAUAUAUUACCUUCAAGCAAUAAGAAUAAUGAAUCGAUUAAAAAGGAUGAAGUGGAUAUUUCUAAAGAGGAAAAAAAUGAUAACAUCAUAAAUAUAAAUAAAAAUAAUAAUAAUGAUAAUAAUUAUAAUUAUAAUAAUGAUAAUAAUUAUAAUUAUAAUAAUGAUAAUGGGAGUGAUGUGAAGGCGAAGGAUUAUAUGAAGGAUAACUUUAAUUUGAAUGUCUCAAAAACAUUGACUAACAAAAUAAAUUACAAUUCAUUUGGAGAUUCCAUAUUUAAUUUACAUAGCAACGAAUCAGAUAGUACACAUGAUAGAAAGAUAAUUGAGCAUGAUAAGGAGGAUGAAAAAUAUCAAUAUAAUUACGAUAAUAUGAAGGAAGAAAAACUAGUUGAUUGUUAUAUAAAUAGUAAUAUUGAGGAUGAGCAAAUGUUAAAAGAAAGAGAAAGAAAAGAUAGUGAUGUAACUAGUUUUAAUAAUGAAAGUUAUAUUAGUAAUAAUACAUAUGAACCCUUUAAAAGUGAUUAUACUGAUGAAAAAAAUUUUGAUAAAUGUUUUAAAUAUGAUAAGGAUGAUAUAGACAAUAUUAGGAAUAAAGAUCUUAAUUCGUUUCGUAAGGAUAUCGAAUUUUUUACAAGAAAAAAUACUUCAUAUAGUCACAACAAUUUAGAAGAUAGUUGUUAUGAAUAUAAUGAAAAGGAAAAGUCUAUAUUUAUGAACAGCUCUAAAGAAAAAAAAAAUGAUAAUAAAUUUAAUAAUGAUGAUAAUGAUACGCUGUUAGUAUCUAAAAAAAAAAACAUUAUUUUAAAUAAUUUACAAAGUAAAAAAAAAUAA